AUGUCAACUCAACUGGUCAGAGUUGAUGCUGACACGCAGUCUGUCGGAGGGGCGUCUGAGGAUGAGGAGAAGCCACGCAGAGGCUGGGGUGUGCAACAGGCGAGUCUCAUCAUGCUUGGACGAAAUGAUGGUCAACAAUCCGCAAUGGAGAUAGAUCUUGGUAAUGACGAGGUUAGCAUCAGUGAUGAGACCGUGGUCGUGCUCACGAAGAUAUUCCUCAAGUGA